CUAAGAACCAUUUAAUUUUAGUUUCUUUUUGUCUACUAUCCAACAAUAUUUCUAACACUUUCAAACAUUUUUUACAAAAAACUUUCCUAAAACCUCUCAAACUCUCUCAAGAACACAAAACCCAAAACCAACACUGCCACCUGCUGCCUAACGUCGCUGCUUACCGCCGCCGUCAUCAGAUGCUUUCCGAUGUCGGAAUCAUGAGUAACCAAUGUUUUUCGCUUCAGAUCUACCUUUAAACUCCACUAAUCUCAUAUCUGGAGUAAAAACUCCACUGAUCUACUGGAAUUGUGACCACCAGAUCGACGUUUUUCUUUGUCAACCACCAGAUCUAUCAUCUAUAUGUGUAAGUUCAAGUUCAGAUUUCUGAUUUCCGCCACCAACAACAUCCAUAUCUAUGAGUUUUGGUCCAGAUCUAUGAUUCCUGCCACCUACUGCCGCCAUAUUCUUCCGCCUUCCAUCGUCAGAAUGCCGAGUAGCUAAUGUUUUUCGCUUCAGAUCUAUGAGUUCGGUCCAGAUCUAUGAUUUCAGCCACCAGUAACAUCCAAAUCCGCGAGCUCUGGAGAGAUUGAAAGAUAUGCUUUCGUGUUCUUCAAGUCACACACCUGAUUUUGUGUUCUUCAUUUCAGAUAACAUAAAAAAUGUUUGCUGUUUUUCUCUCAUGAUUUGGAUCUGUUCUUACCGUCAAACAUCACCGAAGAACCAAAUAACAUCGCUUGACGUUGAAGAUGAUGAGACUCUGAUAUAUUUGGUCAAAUCUGAUGUGUUUAUGGUGCUUAUGGAUCUGAUGUAUGUUGUGCACACAAAGUGUUUGAUGAAAUGCCUCAACGAAAUUCAGGCGUGUUGGUACCAAUGGUUGCUGGUGGUGAUGGUUGAUAGCAGCGUAUGGUAGUUGGAGAUGUUAAUGUUGGUGGUGAUGGUUGAGUAAAGAUAUGUUCUAUUUAUCACUCAUCUUCUUCGCUGAUUCAGAUAAGUUAUAUUUUUUAUGAUUCAUGUAUAUGUUUUUCUUUUAAUGUUUGCUUCUGAAAUAUGAGAUAAUUUAUGUAUGUAUUAAAUUGUGAAUGGACUGUUAAUACUCUGAAAUAUGAGAUAUUGUUAGGUGCUACUUGUGCACCUUUUUGCACACCUUUCAGUCCCAUUUUAUGCAUAUAAUUAGCACAAUU